AUGAUGCACUUACCUAUCCAUUUAGUUGAUGAUGUUAGGUUAAGUGGACCAGUAAGUGGUUGGUGGAUGUUCGGACCAGAAAGAUAUCUUGGAGAACUAAAGGAUUAUGUUCGAAAUCGGAGUCGUCCUGAAGCCUCUAUAGCUGAAGGAUAUUUGGAUGAACUUGUUGAAAAAUACAUCAAGGAACACGAAGAUAUGAUGAAAAUGAUGUCUCAAGAGAAGAGCAAAAAAAGGUGGAGGCAAGCCCAACAACAUAGCCAAGAAUUCGUGGAUUGGUUUAAAGAUAAAGUAGAGCUAGAACAAGUUCCUGAUCAUAUUAAAUGGUUAGCUUUGGGACCUUCUCAUGUUGCAAGGAGAUACACAGGGUACUUCAUUAAUGGGUAUAGAUUCUAUACUCAAGGACGUGAUGCAAAAUUGAAAACACAAAACAGUGGAGUUACUUUGACUGCCUUGACUUCAAGUUUCUCAAGUACUAAGGAUCUCAAUCCUAGUGUUGAUGGGGUCACUUACUAUGGAAGGAUAAAUGAUAUCAUUGAGAUUGACUAUUGGAGUUCUUUUAGUGUUGUCUUGUUCAGAUGUGAGUGGUUUCAAGAGAACACUGAUUCAUAUGGUCUGACAUGUGUCAAUUUCAACAAACUGUGCUAUGAAGAUGAUCCUUUUGUCUUGGCAUCACAAGUUCAUCAAGUCUUUUAUGUGAAAGAUACUACUGAAAAGGGUUGCCAUUAUGUGAUGAAAAAAUUAUCAAAAGACUUCAUUGAUAUUAUGGACCAAACAAAGGACACGUACUUUUCUGAGCUUACUGGCUCUGUGGAGGAUAGGAUGGUGUCUACUCUCAAUGACGAUGAAGAAAAUAGUUGGACCCGAGAAGGUGUACCUCCCAUUAUUCUUGAUGAUCCAGUUGAAAACCAAGAGGCUAAUUCAGAAUCAUACGAUACAGGACAUUGUUGA